AUGUGGGAGGCGAAACUGGAGCCCAUCAGCUACGGCGCUGGGACUUCAGCCUGUGGAGACAGGAGGAGGAAGAGGGAGAGUCGAAUGAAGCCAGCGCGUCAGGAGAAGGCGAGCGGUGGCAGAGGGCGGGACCGGGCUCUGGCGCUGCUCAGCGGGAUGUGGGAGGCGAAGCUGGAGCCCAUCAGCUACAGCGAAGAGAUGGAUGUAGCCGGCGCAUGUGGAGAAGGCGAGCGGUGGCAGAGGGCUCUGUCACUGCUCAGCGAGAUUGGCGGGGCGACGUUGGAGCCCGACGUCAUGCGCUAG